CCCUAUGAGGGGCCUCAUCCUAUCUUCUUCUGAAGGCAUUUUGGCCAUCUGCACACGUGAGUGGUAAGGCCCUUCCUCGCUGUGAAUAAACAUGGUCCCACCUAAGACUGUAUCAUUUUCGGACCUGUCUCCGGAUUUCUUCUGAAGACGGUAUAAUUUUGGGAUCUCAUCUCCAGAUCUCUUUUGAGGACGACUGACUCAUCAAGAAAUGACUAACAAACUGAAGAAAGACCACGCCUUCUGGGCGGCUGUGUGUCUGCUGCUUAGCGUUGUUCCUGAGCUUCUUAAUGCUCUGCCCGAGGAAGACGAUGAUACAAUAAACACAGAUUCCGAGCUGCGGCCAAUGAAACCGUUGCAUACAUUCUGUGCAAUGAAGGCGGAAGACGGACCCUGCAAAGCAAUGAUACGGAGUUAUUAUUUCAAUAUGAACAGUCAUCAGUGUGAAGAAUUUAUAUACGGGGGAUGCAGAGGAAACAAGAACCGAUUUGAUACUCUGGAAGAGUGUAGGAGAACAUGCAUACCAGGUUAUAAAAAGACAACUAUAAAGACAACAUCUGGAGCAGAAAAGCCAGAUUUCUGCUUCUUGGAAGAGGAUCCUGGAAUCUGCCGAGGUUUCAUGACCAGGUAUUUUUAUAACAACCAGUCGAAGCAGUGUGAACAAUUCAAGUACGGCGGUUGCCUGGGUAACAGCAACAACUUUGAGACCUUGGAGGAGUGCAGGAACACCUGUGAGGAUCCAGUGAAUGAGGUACAGAACGGUGACUACAUAACUGAUCAAAUUACUAUAACUGAUCGCACUACUGUAAAUAACGUGGUGAUUCCUCAGGCUACCAAAGCGCCCAGCCAAUGGGUUACAAAAGAAGAAACAAAUGGUGGUUGGAAGAAUGCUGAUUGUACUUACCAAGGCUCUCUGAGUUCCUUCUACAUUCAUGUUCUCACGUUUUUUGUCUUUAGGAUUGGAUAGCAUUCUAUGCAUAUUCUGUUAUUUGUUGCCUUUGGUCUUAUUUAAUAAUAUUUAAAUAGUACCUGAUAUCUUUAUACUUACUAUUGGUUAAGUUUUAAUAUUAACAUUAAUAGUUAACAUAAUCUUUUAAUAUGUCUAACUGGUACAACUAGGAAAGAAAGACCUAUCAUAUUGGUUUAGGGUCUUUGCGGGUAGACCUACCUGAUCAUUCUUGGAAAGAAAGUUAAUUAUUUUCUAAAGUCUCAUAGCCCACUUUGCUUCUAUACAUCAUCUCUUAACAGCUGCCUUGGGAUUAUAUCACCUUUAUGAUAUUUUGAAAAAGCUCAUCUUUGGUUAGACUUCCAAAGCCUACUGCUAACCCAGUCUUCAGCACUUGCUCUUUGAAUGAGAAAAGAAGCACCUAAUUACUGAGCCAGGGCCAUAUUGCUUCCUGCCGGCCUCCAGGUCCAGGGGAAAUGACUAGAUGUAAUAAAGAAGACCCUGUGGCCACUUGAAACUCUUUCCUAACUCUAUCCAACAUAUGACCUAGGGCCAAACUCCACAUACAUAGAAAAUUGUGAGAAAGAAGUGAACACAUGUAAUUAUAUACACACAUUGACCUUCUGGAAGAGGAGUGAUGUUGGCAGAGGAACUACUCAAUAAUCAAAUGUCAUCGCCGAUGUGUUCAUGUUAGAGAUCUGCAAUAGAAUGCUUUCACCUAUACGUUCUCUGGGAAGAUACUGAUUACAGGCAGAGGAAUUUCACAAUCAUUUAAGUUUUCUGGGAAGAAAAUAUUCCCCACCAACUAAGGAAUUACCAACUUAGAUGCAUCCCCUGGAAAAGUCACGAGUGCUGUGGGCAGUGCUGUCAGCAUCAUUUCAUCAGCAAGCACACAGGUUUGAAACAAGCAUGGUGGCCUUCAAAUGUAUUCUAACUGAGAAGCAUAGGAUCUAUCUCAUAAUCUACGUAUCCCUGCCUAGUAAAUCUGAUAGCUUGUGCCGACAUCCUGACAACUUGGCUUUCCGUAAAUAGACAGCUUUAGCAGAGCUCAUAUCAGGCCUUCUACUUCCUGUCAAGAAUACUGGCAAGAAACAAGAAUGUGACACUUCCUCUGCCAAAAUCACGGACAGCACCCUACCUACCUAGUAAAGCCCUUCUCAGACAAUCUUGAGUCUAGUCAAAGAUAAUUGUUGUCCCAGACAGCAGAGCCCUCCAGAGAAAUGCUCCUCAGACAUGAACAGAUCCUUUUACAAGAGAUGAAAUGGACAACUUCAUUGUGUCAACCAAUUAUUGUAAACGACAUUUGUAUUGAAUAAAAUAAUAGAAAUUUAAGUUUGUGACAAUUAUAAAGCUACAGCAAAAACUCACUUGCAUAUUAGCACAGACCGAAGGACUAAUUAAUACUUUUAGUCUGUUUAAGAUUUCUUUUUCUUAAGACAUCAGGAAAAUCCAUAUUGGAGUAUGAAUUUGGUAUUGACAACAACAACAACAAAAGAGACAGACUAGGAGUAGGAAUUAGUUUAGUAAAAAUCUAUGCUAUGCUAAGUCAUAAAUCUCUGAGUGUCGCUUUUCUCUAAAGAGUUCAGAGGAGCUCUGCAGGAGUGAGGUGAGGACCACUCAAUACGGAGCCCCCAACUCUAACUCUUAACAGCGCCACAGGGCUCUGUUCCGACUUCCCAGUUGUGUGGAUGCCAGUUGUGUGCUCACUGGUGUGCAUCUGAUCCCAGAGACAAAGGCCUGGUCUGGGGCCUGUGAUUUCUAGAAGGAGGCCGGGUUGACCGUCCGAUCAAAGGACCCUUGCCUUCGGAUGCUGGCGAGCUCUUUGGCUCACCUCUGUUGCCCCCGAGGCUGCUCCUUAGGCCUUCUGUUUCAGUGAGGUCUCUCCCUGUUCAGACCUGAUGAGCACCAAUCCUUGCGUGUGACAGAGCGUGAGGUACAGUCAGGUCCUUUUGAUUGGAGAGUAAGGGAAGAAGGGCUUCGGAGAGGAGAAAUAAGGAAACCUCCCAAACUUUAUCUGACCAAAUAUUUGCCCAGUUAGUCUAGAAGGAUUUCUUCCUUAGCUUUGGAGUGAUGUCACAUACUGAGCAAGAACAUUGGCUUUAUGAAUGGAAUUUGAGCUUAAUUCCACUUCUUUAAUUUCCCGACUUGUUUUGUACUCUUGGGGAAAAAAGCACGUGUUUUUCUCCCAGCUUCCAGUCCUUUCUUUGCUGCACGUAGAAUCUAGUAUGUCAUAAAGUAUUUAAAACACCACAACGGCACGUAAUACUUCCUUCCGUGUGGCCAUUAACAAGAUUAUCGAUUUUAAGAUUUUUUGUGGUGAUGAUGGUAAUCCUGACUCACCUUAGGUUUGUAGGCAUAAAAGAAGUGGCUCAAAGAUAUUGUAAAUGCAUAUUUUAUUAUAGUCCUAAUACAACUUUAAGGUUAAUGUUGUAACCUUAGAUUGAGGAAUCUUAAUUCAUUAUAGUUACCUGAAUUAAUGUGCAGUGCUUGCAAAAUUCAAGCAUAAUUAACUAAAUAAAACUUCGUCUUUUGUGUCUUUGGA